AUGCUCGAUGAACUCGACAUGAAGCCAUUUGGGCUACUGCCUUUCGAUCACUAUGUGAUGGAUAAAUGGGACUCCGAAUCCCCGCUUGCGAAAACCCAACAAUUCCGCGCCCUUGUCAAUUCUUGGGUUCGUCUUGGUAAAGAGGGCCGCAAUAAAUACCCAAAUGGUCACGAGUUACUACCUGAUGAGAUUCCCUCUCAUGUACCUCAAGAUUUGAUGUCAGAUGAAGAGCGCGCAACAGAUGGUCAAACAUCACGAAUACUUUGGAUUCGGACGUGGUUCGGGCGAAAGGACGACCCGGCCAGCCAGAGCGCUGCCGACGCAGGAUAUAGGCGUAUCCGCUCAAUAACGGCCGAAGAUGAUCUAGAUGAUACUUUGGACAAAGAGUGCUUUUUCGACAGCGAAGAAUUCCGUUCUGAUAGCUCUUCGCCUGACGGGGGCGAAAUCCCCGUUUUAAUCGAUGGAAUUGCCUGCGGCACGCCAGGCUCUAUGCCAUCAUAUAUAAUCACAGCGUUAAUGAAGAAGCCAGAUAUGUUGGACGGCCUCUCAGAUCGGAAUUGGCCAACAGAACCCUUUCUAAAGUUACCUGAGCCAGAUAUUUUCCAAUAUCUCAUGAUCGUUGUCGCCGAUCGUAAGGCAUGCGAGGAAGAAUGGAUGUUGUUUUUGGCUGUGAAUCAUAAAGGAAGGGUUCUUCCAUUUCGAGUUCGGGAGAGGGCUUCAUGGACAACUCAACUUUUAUCCAAUUUUAUGAAUGGUCAGAAUUUGGAUGAGAAUACUGAUAAUCCUGAAGAGGAUAUUGAAUAUUACAUGCAUGAAGGAGAUGGUUGGGCCCCUUCUUCUGCGCCAUGA